GUGCACGAAAGGCCAGCUGCCCUAAGCCCCGCCCCUUCUGCCUGAGGCUCCACCCCUUCUGCCUGAGGCUCCACCCCUUCUUCCUGUGGCUCCUCCCCAUUCCAGGGGCCUGGAGUGGCUGCUGGCUCCCCUGGCUGUUGAGCUGGGUGUGGGGAUGGCUGAGUGGUGGCCUGGGAUUUAUACAAGAGGUCAGACAAGGUGCUCAGGUCAGGUCCCUUCUGGCCUGAAGCUCCAGGACUCUGGCUGUUGUGGAGCCCAGCAAUGCGAGGAUCCGAGCUCUUGCGAUGGACACGACACGCUCUCUCCUUCCCCGCAUCCCGGCACGUUAGCCCAGCCGCGGACAGAGCGCAAGCAAAGAGCAGGGAGCCGCACAGCUUGAAGGGGUGCAAAGGGCAGUCUAGGACAGCUUAGUGCGGCUUCCAACGGCUCAGCCAAGGAAGCUGCCGCGUCGGCUCACCGGGUAGACCCCAAGUGUCCCUCUGUGUGCUGGCCUCUGCAGUUCACAGACAUGCCCGCCCAUGCUGUAGAAUGGCCAUUUUAGGGCCAGGCCUCCAAACAACAGACUCAGGCCACGUAAAAACAUCGUGACUCAUUUCCGAGAGCCCAAACUGCAGCCCUUUCCAGGGGCCCUAUUGUCAGAGCGCCGGCGCUCGGCACUUUCCAACACACCCUUCCCUGUGUCUCAGGCUGGCUGCCCGAAAUCACCAUCCACCCCCGCAACUUUUGGCUGUGGGGCCGUGUUCCCAGCCCGUGCCAGGGUGUCCGGGAAUCACGUGCGGGCGUUUUCUCUGCGGCGGACUGGCCUUGGCUAGGACUGGGAGAUCCGAUCUAAAGGGCAUUGCGUCUAUUGUUCUUGCCAAAUGACUGAUAGUUUGAUUUCUCCGCAGGGGAACAUAGGGUUGUCCGGCAAACCUGGCCAAAUGGGGGAAAUGGGUCCGAAGGGAGAGAAGGGUGAACCAGGAAUACCUGGGAAACCAGGAGAGACUGGACUAAGAGGUAAAGAUGGAGAAGCGGGUGCCCCAGGGAAGCCAGGAAAGAGAGGAAUCCGGGGCCCUGUGGGGCUUCCGGGACAUCCUGGCCAGCAGGGGAUCAAAGGCGAGAUGGGAGAACCGGGAAAGGAGGGAGCCGCCGGAGCGAAGGGACUCAAGGGCGACGCUGGGAAGCCUGGGCCGCCCGGGUCUCCUGGAAGCGUUGUGUCAUCUCUGGAUAACAGCAUCACUAGCAAAGGCGAGAAGGGAGAUCCGGGGGCGACAGGAGAGAGAGGCCCGCCUGGUCCUAGGGGGCCGGAUGGUCUGCCAGGGCCUGCAGGUGGGACUCUGGGAGAACCAGGACCACCCCGCACAGGAUUGGAGAUCAAGGAUCUAGAGAGACUGUUUGAUGCAUAUGGGAUCAAGCUGGCGCUGCUGAAGGAACUUACGGACCUUCUCCUGAGGGAGGGGUUUGAAGUGCUGAUCCCGCGGCCGGCCAGCACCAGGAAAGGCAAGCCAGCCAAGAAAAAGGAGGGAUCAACGCAAGCUACGGACUAUGCUGCUUCGCUGAAGUAUGAUUUUCCUAGCAACUCUCUGACCAGUCUAGAAGUGACUGAAGAAGACCUGAGUAUAGGUGUUGGGCAUCAGCUUACAGUUCCAGGCACUGCUGGGCCACCUGCUAAGGAUGUAACAGGUCAGAAGAAACCCCGAGCUGAUGAGACAACAGCCACCAGUCCUGGUGACCACUUCGAGGUGGAAAACCGGACGAGCUCCUGUCAGAGACAGAUGGAGGCUGAGAAAUUGGAAGGCGGCCCUGGAGCGCCGAAUGCAACCCGGGUACAAACGAGCCGAGAAGAGCUUACUGCAGGGCAGCCACACACUGUCGAAAGUGCCAGCCUUGAGUGCCAGGAAGGGGAGGGAUCUCUGGAGGAGCACUCAGGAGCAAGGGAGAUGCAAGAGUCUCCACAGAGCCCGGCUGCUCUUGCCCUGGGGUCAGAACCGCGCCCCUUGGGAAGCAUUUCUGAGGAAACCCCAGAGCCCUUGAAGAAGAGGAGGAAGGAGAAAAACUUGAGCAGACAGGUUCCAGUUGCCGGCCCUGAGUUAACGAGUCCUGUUAGAGUCAGAAGAACGGCUGAGAGACAGAGGCACAUGGUUCCCUCGCCUCAUUCCCCUGGCAUCCAGAAAUCCCCGGCUGCAUAUGCGACAUAUCCAGGACCUCAAGGCGCACGGAGGAUUAAGAAGCAGGAGUCCGACACACUGGAUCCAGAGCGGCUGCCAUUCCAAGGUGAAAAGGGAGAAAAGGGAUCUCCUGGAGCCAAGGGAGACAAAGGAGAAAAGGGCAUUAAAGGCGACAGAGGAGAACAUGGCCAGAAGGGAGAGCCAGGAAUUGGAUUCAGAGGCCCCGUUGGUCAGGCUGGGCCCCCCGGGUAUAAGGGGGAGCCGGGGGCCCCGGGGCCUCCGGGUGUGCAGGGCCUGCAGGGCAUUCGCGGCAACCCUGGCAUCUCCGGAUCGCCGGGAGAGAGAGGAGGCCCGGGUCCACCGGGGGUGCCAGGGCAGAAGGGGGAACGUGGUAAGAGAGGCAGGAAUGGAUCCGCUGGGCCAGCUGGACCUCCAGGGCCCGCGGGAAAGCAGGGCGCUCGAGGACUUCCUGGGAUCAGUGGCAACAAGGGGGAGAUCGGCUUCGGCGGCGCAGGUCCCAGAGGGCCCCGCGGGCUGCCCGGGCCCAGGGGGGAGGAGGGCAUCGCAGGCAUCCGGGGCCCCCCCGGCAUGAUGGGUGCGAAAGGCCUGCCCGGCGUGAAAGGCGAACGAGGUGAUCGUGGCCUUCUAGGACUCAAAGGAGAAAGAGGUGACCCCGUUACUAUUUUUGGACCUCAAGGCUAUAAAGGCAACAAAGGAGAUCCGGGUGAACGGGGCCCGCCAGGUUUCGACGGAGACAAAGGCGAGAAAGGGGAGGAUGGGCCUGCAGGAGAAAAGGGGGUCAAAGGCGAGGCAGGUGCAAAAGGAGCCAUGGGGCUGUUUGGUGCCAGAGGACCAGUGGGGCAGAAGGGAGAACCCGGAGAACCUGGCCUGCCUGGAUUUGCUGGCACAGCGGGCCUGGAUGGGAAGAAUGGAAUCAAAGGAGCUAAAGGCGACCGAGGUCUGCAGGGUCAGAAAGGGGAACCGGGCGGGAAAGGUGAUCCUGGUAUAACAGGCGACCUUGGCCGGAAAGGAUUAAAGGGCUUGCGUGGUUUUCCUGGGCCGACGGGGAGCCCCGGUGCAGAUGGGAUAAAGGGCGAGAUUGGCAGCCUGGGGAAACCGGGGGUCCCAGGGUCAGAUGGACAGCUGGGGCCAAAGGGUGAACGAGGAAUGUCAGGGGCAGACGGCCCCGUGGGAGUUUCUGGGGAGAAAGGAGAAAAGGGAGCCAAGGGGGUUCCUGGCUUGGGCGGCUUUAAAGGGCAGGUUGGCCUGCCAGGGAAGGUUGGUACGGCUGGGCCCCCUGGAGCUCCUGGCCCGCAGGGCGACCCGGGACCACAGGGUGCAAGAGGCAGGAGAGGAAGGCCUCAGCUCUGCCUCAGGGGUCCUCCCGGCUCUCCAGGCCACAAAGGAGAAAAGGGAGAAAAUGGUCCAGGUGGCCUGAAAGGAGAGAAAGGAGACCCGGGGCUUUCUGAAGAAGACGUGAAGGACGUGGUCCGGAGCGAGAUGAGUGACGCAUGCGCUUGUGCAGGCAAGAUGGAACGAACGUCCACAAGCAGCGGGAAAGCCUUUCCCUUGCUGAUUAAAUCUGAAGACCCCAGCGCUGACUCUCCAGCAGGUACGGGCCGGAAUAUCAACGAGAAUUUUCAGUCGCCAGCGCCCGUAGCGAAGGCGGACAGAGCGCAGCAAGAAUUACUUAGUGAAAUACAGAACGUGACCCAGCCAGCAAGGCCUAGCAUGGAAUCAGCGCCAUUUCUGACAGCUCCUGGUGAUAAGCAGAUAAUGGAUCAGCUCCAGCGAGAGCAGCAACAUGCCCGUAGUCCAUUAGAAGGUGAAAUGCACUGAAUUAAAUGGCAUUUAGGGAAGUCACUUUCAGGAGCACUCAAGGAGACGCACACACGGAGCCAGUUACACCAGCUAAAUCUCUGUCUCUCUCCUACUGUGUGGAGACGGUGAACUUAGGCACUGGAUUUUCCCCACUUCUUCAGAUAACUAAUUGCAACAUGUUGCCGCCGGCAACAGUGUUCUCCAGCCCUGCCAUGCCAUGUCACGUGUCACAGAUGGUGCUGGGGGCAGGGAGGGCCACGGAGGGUUAAUCAGCAGUGGAAGGGUUAACCAGCACUUUUGGCGCUCAGACGCUAGUGCCUGGUGUGGUUUGCGAGAUCCAUGGUGGGAAAAUGACCCCUAACUUUCCCGUCACUGGGAAUCUGA